CUUCUCCCUCCUCCCGCUUGAUAUCAGUCGCCAGCACAGCGGCCGCUGGCGGGCGCGGAGUCGGCUGGUCGUUUGGUGUGUCUCUCAGCGUCGGUGUCCGUGCUGUUGAACUGCCCGCCAUGGCUGAGUUAGAUCCGUUCGGCGCCCACGCUAGCGGUCCCGCGCUGGGGAACGGAGUGGCCGGCGAAGAGGACCCUGCCGCGGCCUUUUUGGCGCAGCAGGAGAGCGAGAUUGCGGGCAUCGAGAACGACGAGGCCUUCGCUAUCCUGGACGGCGGCGCCCCCGGGCCUCAGCCGCACGGCGAGCCGCCGGGGGGUCCGGAUGCUGUUGAUGGAAUCAUGAAUGGCGAAUACUACCAGGAGAGUAAUGGGCCAACAGACAGUUAUGCAGCUAUUUCACAAGUGGAUCGAUUGCAGUCAGAGCCUGAAAGUAUCCGUAAAUGGAGAGAAGAGCAAACGGAACGCUUGGAAGCCCUUGAUGCCAAUUCUCGGAAGCAGGAAGCAGAGUGGAAAGAAAAAGCAAUAAAGGAGCUGGAUGAGUGGUAUGCGAGGCAGGACGAGCAGCUACAGAAGACGAAAGCGAAUAACAGGGCAGCAGAAGAAGCCUUUGUAAAUGACAUUGAAGAGUCGUCCCCAGGCACUGAGUGGGAGCGGGUGGCCCGGCUGUGUGACUUUAACCCCAAGUCCAGCAAGCAGGCCAAAGAUGUCUCCCGCAUGCGUUCUGUCCUCAUCUCCCUCAAGCAGGCCCCCCUGGUGCACUGAAGAGCCACCCUGUGGAAACACUACAUCUGCAAUAUCUUAAUCCUACUCAGUGAAGCUCUUCACGGUAAUUGGAUUAAUUAUGUUGAGUUCUUUUGGACCAAACCUUUUGUCUUUAGAGUUGAUCAUUGUUUGUGAUUGCAUGUUUCCUUCAACUGUGUUGUCCCUGGCAUUCAAAGAGGAGGGGAGGCAGCGGAGGAAGGGAGGGAAGCCUCCCAAUGGCAGCCUCAACCUAUGCUUUUGUGCAUUAUUCUGAGAAUAAAUUUCUGUUUCAGACAAUAAACAAA